AUGGGGAACGGCGGCUCGGCCGUGAAAGUGUGCGCCGAUCACCAGGGCGGCAUCAACUGGCUGAGCCUCAGCCCCGACGGGCAGCGACUGCUGACGGGCAGCGAGGACGGCACGGCGCGGCUCUGGAGCACGGCCGACAGCCAGUGCCACGGCCACUUCCAGGGACACGAGAGUUACAUCACCUUCUGCCACUUAGAAAACGAGGCUGCCUUCACAUGCAGUGCAGAUCAUACCAUCCGAAAGUGGGACGUGGUGACAGGCCAGUGCCUGGCCAUUUACCGAGGGCACACAUCCAUUGUGAACAGGAUCCUGGUUGCCAAAGACUAUCUCUUUAGUGGCUCCUAUGACAGGACAGCCCGCUGCUGGAGUGUGGACAAGGAGAAACAAAUCCAGGAAUUCCGGGGCCAUCGGAACUGCGUCCUGACUCUAGCUCACUAUUCCUCCAAGGACGUCCUGGAGGAGGAGGAGGAGGAAGAGGAGGAGGAGGAGAGAGUAAGCAGAGACCUCCUGGUGACAGGUAGCACGGACUGCACUGUAAAGGUCUGGUGGGUGUCCAGCGGGCGCUGUUACCAGACUCUGCUGGGACACACUGGGGCUGUCUUAUGCCUUAUACUUGACGCACCAAACAGGGAGCUGUUUUCUGGCAGCACGGACUAUACCAUUCGAACAUGGAAUAUUGUUACUGGCGAGCAGCUGAAAGUGUUCAAAGAGCAUCAAGGAUCAAUAAUUUGCCUAGAGCUGGUGAAUCGGCACUUGUAUUCAGGAAGCGCGGACAGGACAGUGAAGUGCUGGUUAGUGGACACUGGGGAGCGAAUCCAAACGUACAAGGCUCACAAACACAGCGUUAGCACUUUGAAAUACCACGCUGGGAUCUUGUUCACGGGGAGUGGUGAUGCCUGCGCACGAGCCUUCAAUUCCAGGAGUGGUGUCCUGCAGAAGAUCUUCCGAGGACACAAGUUCAUCAUCAAUUGCAUCCAGAUCCACAACGAGCUGCUGUACACAGCCUCCCACGAUGGAACACUGAGGAUUUGGGACAUCCGGGGAAUAUGCAAGAGAAAUAAGCGGCGUUUGAAGAAGGAGAGGUGUGUCCAGGGCAGGAGCUCUCAGAAGGGAAGUCUGUCUCGUCUCUUCAACAAUAAGGUCGGCUGCAUGGUACAGCAAGAAAAUGGGGAACAUGAGACUGUUGAGCUUAUGUGACUGACCACAACAGACUGUCUGUGAGUGACCAAAGCUGAACCUUCUGUUUUCUGCACCACUGUCUUCAUGCAAGCCAGAACUUGGAAAGAAAUGGGAGAUGGCUUCGCUUGAAACUCUGUUUAAAGAGCCCAAGCUCUCUGUGGCAGUAAGAUGGACUCCAGUCAUGUUGCUGCUCAGGAUGACUCAGCUGAGCCGUACUGGGGGCAGGAGGGACUGAGUGUGGUUGGGGUGAUGUAUCAGUGGUGUGGCUGUCAUUAAGAACUUCAUUUACAGCUGCUUUUUUUCAGUUCUCCCUGGCAUCGAGGUGUUGCACACUUGUACUUGGCUGGAAUCUGACAAGGACUGUUUCUGCCUAUCCCCGCUGCCCUCUCACAGGCCCUGAGUUUGGUUGAAUGCCUGAGCGUGGCAGCAGCAAGGAGGCUGUGGCACCACAUCUGGGAUAGUGGCUAUGCAAUGCCCCUGGGCUCAGUGCUCGGUUCUGCCUGGUCCUUGUAUCCAUGUGGGAGUUCCAGUUGUGCUUCACAGGGGGUGGGUGUGAAUUAUAGGGGAAGAGUUGCUGGAAAGGUGUUGUCUCUUCCUUAUGUGGUUAUGCCUGGCCUUGGCUUGCUAGCAGCAAUAGCUAAGCAGUUGAAUACAAGAGUAUUUCUCCCCAUCUUUUUCCAGGUUCAUCCCUUUCUGAUAACCACUGAGCCCUGAGUAAACGAAGGUUCUUCUAUUUUUCUAUUUGCAGAUAUAACCCUUUGUAGAACCAGUACGAAAAUAUCUUACCACAUGUUUUUAUUUUUAUGGCUUUAUUUAUUCUGUACUACAGCAAGAUAGCAACGCUGUAAUUCUUUCUUAGAAUGGACCAAUAAACAUGUGGCAUCUA